AAAUGAAAUAAAAUAAGGCGAAAAGAAAAACAUAACCUAAAACGUAAUUUAACGUCUUCGUCUCAUCUCAUAUAGCAAAUAUUUGUUAUUUGCUGACUUCUUCAAUUGUAUGCCAACAUUUUCUUAAAAUGUAUGCAUCUGGUAAACCACCAAAUAAAAAAUUUAAAGGUAAAGCCAAGAUAGAAAUAAAAACUGAAGAAGAGGAUCCAAGCCCACAGAUCCAAGUCAAUCGAAUUCCAAGACUGUGCCCUUAUCUUGAUACCAUUAACCGCCAGUAUUUAGAUUUUGAUUUUGAAAAAUUAUGUUCAGUUUCAUUGACGAGAAUAAAUGUAUAUGCUUGUUUGGUGUGUGGAAAGUAUUUCCAAGGAAGAGGAACUAACACUCAUGCUUAUACACACUCAGUUGCAGAGGGACAUCAUGUUUUCCUUAAUUUACAAACGCUAAAAUUUUACUGCUUGCCAGAUAAUUACGAAAUUGUAGAUUCCUCUUUAGAUGACAUAAAAUAUGUUUUAAAUCCUACCUUUACUGAAGAGCACAUAAGAAAUUUAGAUUCCAGUACUAAAUUAUCAAGGGCUAUCGAUGGUUCUCUGUAUACACCUGGUAUAGUGGGGUUAAACAACAUUAAAGCUAACGAUUAUUGUAAUGUGGUUCUACAGGCUCUGUCACAUGUUACGCCAUUAAGGAACUACUUUUUAAGGGAAGAAAAUUAUAGUAACGUAAAAAGACCACCAGGUGAUUCUGCUUAUCUCCUGGUUCAAAGGUUCGGUGAACUUAUGCGAAAGCUUUGGAAUCCUCGAAACUUUAAAGCCCAUGUCUCACCUCAUGAAAUGUUACAGGCUGUUGUAUUGUGGAGUAAAAAACAGUUUCAAUUUACGCAACAAGGGGAUCCUAUUGACUUUUUAUCGUGGUUCUUAAAUGCGUUACACAGAGCACUGAAUGGUAACAAAAAGAAAGACAGCUCGAUUAUUUACAAGUCGUUUUUGGGAAAUAUGAAAAUUUACACGAGGAAAAUACCUUCCACCGAUCUUAACGAUAAGGAAAAAAAAACUUUGUUAGCUACCGCUGAAUAUCAAGAAGUCAUAACGGAGUCCCCGUUUCUUUAUCUGACGUGUGAUUUACCACCGCCGCCGUUAUUUAUAGACGAAUUUAGGGAAAAUAUAAUUCCUCAAGUGAAUUUGUAUCAGUUAUUAACAAAAUUUAAUGGCCAGACUGAGAAGGAAUACAAAACGUAUAAAGAGAAUUUUAUGAAAAGAUUUGAGAUUACUCGACUUCCACCGUACUUGAUACUGUAUAUUAAGAGGUUUACUAAAAAUACAUUUUUUAUUGAGAAAAAUCCUACGAUUGUCAAUUUUCCGGUCAAAAAUGUAGACUUUGCCGAGUUUUUAACGCCAGAAGUAAAAGCAAAACAUAAAAAUACGAUUUAUGACCUAGUGGCAAAUAUAGUACAUGAUGGGGAACCAAACAAAGGUACGUACAGGGUGCAUAUCUUACAAAAGUCGACGGGUCAGUGGUACGAAAUGCAAGAUUUACAUGUAACGGAUAUCUUACCGCAGAUGAUUACUUUGACGGAGGCCUAUAUACAAAUUUAUGAAUUAAGAACAUAGUUGUAUUUAUUUUGUACUAUAUAUAAUAAUUUUAAUAAAAAAC